UUGCCCAUAUGUCCUUGCUCGCUUUCCCCAAUUAUUUUUCAGCAGAAAAGCCCUAAACCCUCUGCAGUGGCAGAGUCACAACCCAAAACCCAGAAUCAUCAUCUGCACGACAUCGUCGACAUCAGAACCUCACUUCUCAUUGUUCAGAAGAAGUGAAGAAAUGGCAUUGGGACUAAUACUAGGGUUAGGAAGGGCAUUUCGUCGAAAGCGCACAUCAUCCCUUGACAUUCUUUCCUCCAAACGUGCCCCAAGGGAUUACUACAAGGGGAAGAAUUGCAAGCCCAUUGGUUUCCACACCCGAAAAGCUAAGUAUGUCGUGCAGCAGGAGAAAUUACCUAACUAUGUAGUCCCUGAUUUAACUGACUUCAAGCUCAAACCGUAUGUAUCCCAGUGCCCCAGAGAAUUCAAGACUAGUGAGUCUGCUGAAUCAAUUAAAUAACCAGGCUGAGCGACAAGCAUCUGAUCUGUUCGUUUAUUGUUGUAAUUGCGAAUUAAGUUCGUGUUCAUGUAUUUUUGAGUAGGAUGUAAGACUGAGUUGGUGAGGUUCUUGUUUGGCAGUUUCAUGCCUUGAACUGUGAGUUAGGAUGGAAGACUGUAAGUUGAUGAUAAACAUUUUUUCUUGGUUUAAGCAUUGCUUUAUAUUGACUCAACUAAUAACCAUAACUUCAUCGGAUUAGAUUGCAGAAUA